GAAGAAUCUCGAAGAAAGAGAGGCGUAUGCUGUAGCAGGGACGGUGGCGGAGCAGACGUUCUCCAACAUUAAGACCGUCGUGGCGUUUGGUGGGGAAGAGAAGGAGGCUCAGAGCUAUUUCAUUAGUUUAAAGAGCGCUCAGCGAUCUGCCGUAGUCAGGGGCUACAUGAAAGGGAUUGGAAUGGGGAUUAAGUGGGGCUUCUUCUAUAUAGGAUACGCUUUGGGCUUUUUCUACGGCGGACAGUUGAUCAGGAACCAGGAGUAUACAGCCACUCAAAUGAUGACGGUCUUGUACACAUCUUUUAUUGGGGCCAUUAAUUUCGGUUACGUAAUACCCGCAUCAGAGGGUAUCGAAUCAGCUGCGGCAGCUGCUGUCAAAGUCUUCGCGGUGAUGGAUGAGAAACCGGCAGUUGACAGUAAAUAUGAUAAAGGAACACAACCCAGUAGUUUUGGAGGAACAAUCCAGUUUAUUGACGUUGAUUUUUCUUAUCCUUCAAGACCUGAUGUCCAAGUUUUGUCCAGCCUGAACCUACACAUCGCCAAGGGUCAGACGGUCGCAAUAGUUGGUGCCAGUGGUAGCGGCAAGUCAACCGUUGUCCACUUAUUGUUGAGGUUCUACACGGCUCUUCGAGGUCAGAUAUUAAUAGACGGCAAUGAAAUUGAGAGCUUAAACCUUCGAUGGUUACGUCAGCACAUUGGUCUAGUCAGUCAAGAACCGGUACUCUUUGCUACGACAAUCGCCGAAAAUAUCCGGUACGGUCUGAAGGAUGCUAGCCUUGAAGACAUCAUUCAAGCAAGCAAAAUGGCAAACGCCUAUGACUUUAUUAUGAAGCUACCCAAUCGAUUCGAGACGUAUGUAGGAGAACAUGGCGCCCAACUAAGUGGAGGACAGAAACAGAGAAUCGCCAUCGCCCGAGCUCUGGUCAAGGACCCAAAAAUUCUAUUGCUGGACGAGGCGACCUCAGCACUGGACACUGAGAGUGAGGCCAUCGUACAAGAUGCUCUAGAUAAGGCAAGACAAGGACGGACGACUCUGAUCAUUGCCCAUCGCUUGUCCACCAUACAAAACGCAGACAUGAUUGUCACGAUAUCCAAAGGUCAUGUGCAAGAAACGGGUACUCAUGAUGAACUUCUCGCCAGGGGCGGAGCCUAUUCCAAGCUUGUCCAUUCACAGGUGGGUGGAGGGGCUUUCUUUGAACACGCAAGUGGCGGAGGUUCCAGCGCUUAUGACGAAGAAAUGAUAAAACAACGAAAUGGUUCGAUGCUGCAAAACUUGGAAAGAUCUUUGUCUCAUCCGCAGGAGGAAACAUUACAAACCCCAAAGAAAAACUCCAUGCUCCGUAUCCUGAAGAUGAGCCUGAAGGACUGGCCGUACUUUUGUGCCGGGUCUACGGGGAGUUUCAUCAGUGGCGCGGUCGUUCCGUCGUUUGCCUUUGUCUUCGGUGAUGUCGUCAAGGUAUACAACUGAUAGCCUUUAUAUACCAUCUCUGAUGAGAGAUUGAAAGAAGAAAUGAUAAACAAAUACAGCUUGAUCACCUUUGGUAUCGGAUGUAUUUACACGCUGGCAACUAUUUUAAUGUACACCAUGUUUGGCAUAUCUGGUGCAACGCUAACAACCAGACUCCGGGAUCUGCUCUUUAGGUCCAUCAUCAAACAGAGAAUUUCAUGGUUCGAUGAACCCAGAAAUGCAGUUGGUAUCCUGACAACCAAAUUGGCUUCCGAAGCGACUAGGGUCCAAGAAGUUUUGACCAACUCCAUUGUGAUGACGAUCCAUUGUGCCUCAGCUGUUUUAUUAUCUCUGUGUUUCUCCGCCUACUUCAGCUACCCCAUAACCCUCAUCUUCUUGGGUAUCUAUCCUGUCAUCAUGUUUAUAGGUAGAACUCAUGUCUGGCUAUCCAAGAAGUUCCACACAGAGACCAGCAAAGCUUUAGAGUCGGCCACAGCGCUGGCAUUGCAGAGUAUGGUCAACAUCCGCGAGGUUGCAGCGCUGACCAUGGAAGAAGAAUUUCACAAGAAAUACGUCCAAACUUUAGAGAGGUCACCCCAUGGCUUGCACAGGUACCUGGUGCUGACCAGCAUCUGUUUCGGCACCUACCUGUUCAUCCCUUAUUUCGUCUACUGUGUUGGUUACGCACUUGGUGGUUACUUAAUAGAGGAAGGGACUUUGGAAUUUCCUGAUUACAUAAGAGUGUUCGAGUGCCUGAUGGUUGGCAGCUUGAUCCUGUCCAGGAUAAUGAUGGAAGCUGGUGACUUCUCAGCUGCAGGAGCCGCCUGCAACAUUAUUUUUGCCCAGGUGGACGAGGCACCAUCUGAUGAAGAGGCUGCUGGAGGCUCGGUGACUUUAGGCAAGGUGGGUGGUUUUUUUUUUACAUUUGGUGAGCAGAAUCUACAGAGGGUGUUCAGAAUCCACAUAUCCGCUUAUUGUGUUUACUUUCUGUUUUGGGAAAAGUUCUCGGGAUCAGUAAAGUUUUCUGGAGUUCACUUCCGGUAUCCCACGCGACCUGCUACACGUGUACUUAACGGCCUUGACCUUAAAGUGAAGCCUGGUGAAACCCUGGCUCUGGUUGGGGAGAGUGGGUGUGGCAAGAGCACCACCAUCCAACUCCUGGAGAAGUUCUACGCCAUAGAAUCUGGUGUUGUGUUUUUAGAUAAAAUUGACAUUGGAGAAUUGAGUACAAAAUGGCUGCGUAUGCAAAUCGGCCUGGUGUCACAAGAACCAGUCCUGUUCGACAGAAGUCUGGCUGAGAACAUCGCUUACGGGGACAACACGAGGGAUGUGGGCAUGGAGGAGAUCAUAGAGGCAGCUCGGACAGCUAACAUACACACGUUUAUACAGUCUCUGCCCUCGGGCUACGAGACGAACGUUGGCAACAAGGGAACCCAGCUGAGUGGUGGUCAGAAACAGAGAGUGGCCAUCGCUAGAGCCCUAAUCCGUAACCCAAAGAUCUUACUGCUGGACGAGGCGACGUCAGCGCUGGAUGCCGAGAGUGAAAAGGUUGUGUUAGAGGCUCUGGAUAAAGCCAGACAGGGUCGCACGUGCAUCACAAUCGCGCACAGGCUGAGCACGAUAAAAAACGUCGACAUGAUAGCUGUGCUCAAGAGAGGUGUUGUGGCAGAAACAGGGACACACCGUCAGCUCAAGUCACAGAGGGGAGAGUACUACAACAUGCUGACAGUACAGGCAGGGAACAUCACGUCUUAGGGGAGAGUACUACAACAUGCUGACAGCACAAGCAGGGAACAUCACGUCUUAGGGGAGAGUACUACAACAUGCUGACAGCAGAGGCAGGGAACAUCACGUCCUGGGAUACUUUGUUUUAUGUCACUGUGGAAAAAACCUCCAAAUAUUCCUGUUACAAACAUAUGUUGAAAAUUUUAACAAUAGAAUUACAUCACUAAAAGAAUUGCGCACCAAAUGAACGUAAAUAUUAUGCGUAAAAUAGCGCGAUAAAAUUAGUACUUCAUGUAGGAAAAGUUCUUAAAAUAUUAAACAGAAAAUAAAAAUAAAAUUUACAGCCAUUUUCCCCACGUUUUCUUUAACUUGCUUU